GGCGGGACUUCCGACAGCGCUGGCUUGGCAUAAAGUGGCAUAGUUCACCUCCUUAAAAUUGGAAGAAAAGCCGAAGAACGACGCGUUACAAGUUAUAAAACAGUAAGGAAUCAUUAUAAGACAGGAGGACUUUGAAUAGUAUUGUGAUGGUUUUCAGACAUGGACGACAUAAACCUUCAUUAUCGCUUUCUAAACUGGAGGAGGCGAAUACGAGAAAUUCGUGAGGUGCGAGCUGUGCGUUACCGGGAGAGACUCAAAAGGAUGUUGAGAGAUGGUGACGUACUCAGGUAUCAUGGGAAUUCAGAUGAAGUUGGCUGCUUUGUGGCGGCCAGGCCACUGUCGAAAAGAAACCGCUAUUUUGAAGUGACUAUAAUCGAAACAGGAGUGAGGGGAAUGAUUGCUGUCGGUUUGGUGCCUCAGUUUUACAAACUGGAUCAUCAACCAGGCUGGCUACCAAAUUCUGUGGCUUUCCAUGCUGAUGAUGGCAAGCUGUAUAAUGGCAACACUGUAGGACAGCAGUUUGGUCCAAAAUGCUGCAGAGGUGACAGAAUCGGUUGUGGAAUAUCACUAGAUGGUGAAGAUGGACAGUUAACAGUGUUUUUCACCAAGAAUGGUCACGAAGUUGGCAAUGUGGACAUCCCAGCAUCUCCCGAUGGUCUCUACCCUGCAGUGGGGAUGCACUCUUUAGGUGAAGAAGUGCUGCUGGACCUGAAUGCUGAAUGGGGAAUGGAGGAGGAUGAUGGACAGAUGAUAGUUGACAGUCACGAAGAGGACUGGGCUCGUCUCCAUGAUGUCAAGGUCACUGGCACGCUGCUGGAGUACGUAGGGAAAGGGAAGAGCAUCGUGGAUGUGGGCUUGGCUCAAGCCCGUCGGCCUCUGAACACACGCUUCCACUACUAUGAGCUGGAGAUCACAGAUGCUGGAGAGAAGUGUUAUAUUGCACUGGGGCUGGCACGCAGGGACUAUCCAAAAAACAGACAUCCGGGUUGGAGCAGAGGGUCCAUAGCUUAUCAUGCAGAUGAUGGGAAGUUGUUCCACGGCAGUGGGGUCGGGGACCCGUUUGGGCCGCGUUGCCUUGAAGGGGACAUCAUGGGCUGCGGCAUCAUGUUUCCGCGUGACUUCAGCAUUGAUGGCGGAGAUGAGAUCGACGACUGGGACUUCGAUGGGGUUGCUAAGCCCUUUGAGGUUCACAAUGAUUUGUAUGCAAACAAUGAAGAUGAGGAUGAGGAUGAGGGAGAAGAUUCAGAGGAGAGGAAGGUCAUGGUGUUCUUCACCCGGAAUGGAAAAGUGGUGGGCCGGAGGGAAGUGGCCUUACCUGUAGGAGGCUUCUAUCCUACCAUUGGCAUGAUGAGCACUGGGGAGAAGGUCAGAGUGGACCUGCACCCCCUCAGUGGAUGAGCAGGGUGGAGGAAAUGAGAGCUGAAUGGUGAGAUUAGAGCAAGGACAAGGGAAUGAGCUUGUGUGCAUUUUGGAGAUCCGAUGGUAAAAAUCAACAAAUUCCAGAAUGUUCCCGGAAAAGUCAUUCCAGUGUAGAAGCUGAGUGUGGCUCCCUCGUGCUGGAAGAAUAAGUUAAUAUGCUGGCAAAAACUUUUAUAAGAAUUAUGAGUUAAUAUUAAAUAUGUGCCUAAAAAAUAGCUUUUUUAAAAUUUUUAUAUCUUAAAAAAUUGUUAAAAUAAUCUGAGAUUUUUUAGGAAUAUGGAGUAAUGCUGUAGCAAUAAUACAUAAACAUCUUAAAGUUAAAAAAGGGCAUAAAAUGUCAAAAAGAGGCUCAACAGAAUAAUGAAUGUGAAAGUCCAGAAAGAGCAUGAGCUAACAAAUGAAUUACUUAUCAGCAAUAAUGCAUGUCAGCAAAUGGCACUCUCACAGCCUGCAGCCAUCCUGAGCUUAUCCUCACAGCUCUGCUGCUUCUUCCUACUUACAGUGAAUUACUGACACUCAGUGGUGAGAGUCGUAGUUUAGAAAGAAAAUGCUCAGAAAGUCUUCCAAAGAAACAGCUGUGCACUAAAUGAACAGUGAGUUUACAGGAAAAACUAGCUGCUCCAUUCCUUGUAGGUAUGUGUGCUUGUUCUGACAUGGAGGCAUUACAGCCUAUUUUGUGGAAACGGUUCAAGCCACAUGCUUUGACAGUUAUGAGAUAAUUAAAUUUAAUAGCAAUUUGUUGAAAUUACAUCAAAACUGUUUAAUGGCCUUUAAUUGCUGUGUUUUUGAAAGCUGUUUAAAUAAGCAGAAAUGUUCUGUAACUCUCUGUGCUGUUUACCUUUUUUGAAAAUCUGCUAUGAUUAAAAUCAAAACCAUGUGAGAGGAAGAAGCUCAAAUAGAUUUGGGUGACAGUAUGAGGUUCAUAGUCCUGUUUAUUCACUUCCCUUGAAUGCUUGAGUGCUUGGUGUCAAAGUGUAACUACAUACAUGUUCUUUACUUUUUUCCAUCAACCAACCAAGAAAAUCACAGAUGUUUAUAUCAAUGAAAAGAAAUGCCAAACUCAUUGGAGACUUCUGAUGUUUUCAGGGGGGGGAAAUUAUGUAAUCCUCAUAUUGAGUGUGUUUUCUAUGGAUCAUCAUUAAGUGUUUUAGAAAUGCAUAUCAAAUGUCUCCAAAGGAAAACUCUGAAGAGCAAUUCUCAGUUAUCAAACUCUGUCAGGGCAAGAAUUAAGGCCUUAUAUUUGCAUAAAGUGAAUUUCUCACUAGUUGGACUGUUGGCCUAUAGAUCUGAAUGUGUAAAAAGAAGCCAUACUGUAAUACUACUUGCUGCUCUCAGGUAUAUUUGAAAAUCAAAUUUGAAAAUGAUAUGUUGUCUUUUUUUCUGCAGUGAUGUUAUCUUGGGCUGUACUUUGAAUUCAGCCAAACGUUUUCAUGUUCACCCUUUUUUUUUUCUUGCGUCACAUUAUUUUCCACUAUAAUCUAUUACAAAAGUCUUUUGAUAAGAAAUCUCUACAUUUCCUCUGCCGAUAGUUAAGUUGUAGCAGAAGACGGUGCAUUUGUGUUACAGGUUGUGAGAUGUUCAUAAAAAUAUGGCAGUGGGUCUUCAUUUGCUGAUAACGCCACCAUUUAAAGUUUUUAAUUUUAUCUCCAGUUCUGUAAAUUAGGUCUUUUUAUCAGCUGCAGUUGCACCGUCAAUCAGUGAAGUCAAAACACCUUACAGUAGAAUAUUGAUCACAUUUAGAUAUCAAACAAGUGCCUCCAUGCGGGUGUUGGAAUUGAUUCAUGUAGAUGUUUUUAGGCAGAAACUUCUUAUGGAUCUUGUGCAUCCCAGAUGUUUUUGUUUCUUUUUGGUCAGCAAAUAUUUAAUUAUGCUCCAUUGCUGCUACUUGUGUGCUGACAUAACGUUUAGCAUACUGUCACAUCAGCCUGUACUGUAAACCAUUUUGGUGACCAUGCCUAGCAGGAGCUGUUGCAACAGACCUAUCCUGCCCUCACAUCCCUUCUUAUAUAUGUUCUUCUUUCAUAUCAAAUUCACUUUUUUGUAUUUUCUUGUCGUCUCUUAAAGCAAUCAGAUAAAUAUGCCAAAAAUGUUAAUAAAAUAUUUAAAGUCAUCA